CACGAAUACCAGGAACUAGACUAUACCCAUAGCAACAUGAUUCCAAAACAAGAUGGCGGUAACUGUUCGAGAAUUUUGAGUCCCGUCAUCGCCGACCAAACUACAUGAGGAAAACAUUAUUCUGCUCUGUAUUACGUAUGGAUCAAUCUGAAGGUUUAUUCAUCAUUGCAAGUAGAAGUUGUGAUAUCUAAGAUGUCAGUUGCCGUCACUAGUCGUCAUCACCACUCUGGUUCCAACCACAGUGGCUCUGCUCUCCCACGUGAUGGAUACAGAAACAAAAGCAAAGUCAAGCAUUAUGGCAUUGAGGUUGUCAAAGGUGUAACAUGGAAAGGAUGGGAGCCUGGUGGAGAGUACACAAAGAAUGUCAUUCUCAAAAAUGUCCAAGUCAAGACACAGAAGCUAAAGUACAGCUCUCCGAGCACUCGCUUCUUUUCAACGCUUUAUCCUGAGCCUAUUGUUCUGAGUGCUGGCACAAGCUUCAGUCUACCCAUCACCUUCAGACCACUAGAAAAAAAUCUUUAUGUGGACAAGAUUGAAUUUCAGACAAAUGAUGGUGUUUUUGAUGUUCCAAUUCAAGCCGUACUACCCCAGCAUGAUCUUUCAUUACCAAAGCAUCUUGACUUUGGCAUGUGCGCAUCAAUGCACAACAUUCAAAGGACGUUUGAGCUGAGUAAUACAAGUGAAUUGGCAACCCGGUUUGCUUGGUUGACGUCCAGUCCCUUUGUACUAGAGCCGUCAGAGGGAACCCUAGCUCCUAAAUCCCGAUGUACCAUCUUGGCUACAUUUAAACCCACAUCUGCCUUGGUAUAUGAAACAGUUGCUGAGUGCCGUUAUGGGGAUGACUUGUCACAUAAGAAGACUCUUCCAUUGGAGGGAAUUGGUAAAUAUCCCCAUUUGUUGGUGAGCUCUCCUGGCAAGAUUCCAAAGGCUAUGGAUAACCUGAAUAUGGAGAGUGUCAUAGCAUUUGGAGAUGUUCCAAUUGGAGCCACAGUAGAGAAAUCACUCCAAGUACAUAAUCUCUCACCUGUGGAUGUACCAUUUACAGUUGAGCACCCGACAUCAAGCACAUGCAUUGAUACUGUCUUUUACUGCAGUCAAGCAAGUGGAAUUGCUUCACCACAGAGUCAACUUCAAAUUCCAGUGAGAUUUCAGCCACAGAAUGUGAAUGAAGAGAGUGUGGACUAUCUUCAUAUACAUGCCAUUGGCAAGGUCAGCAAGACAGUGGUCAAACUGGUUGGAAAAUGCACGGGUCCGCAGGUUAGCCUUGGAAGUAAGGUUUUGAGCUAUGGACUGAUUAACACUGGUCAGUCAGGUACAGGGACUAUAGAUAUAAUCAAUCAGUCUGGUGUAGAAGCAGUCUUCCAGUUCAUGAUUGACAGUACUGAGAGUGCAUUCAAGUUUGGGGUUCAUUGUGGCAAGAUUGCAGGCAACACAACACAGACCAUCAUUGUUGUCUUCAAGCCAACUCAUCCCAUCAAUUACUACCGCAGGGUCACGUGUGUUGUUCAGAACCAGGAUCCUCUGUUUCUGGAUCUGAUAGGGACAUGCCAUACAGAGCUUGUUAAACCAGCUGUGUUGCAGCCUCAACAUCUGAGCCGAUACAGAAUACAUCAGGCUCGUGGCUUCUCUGUCUUCCCUCCUGAGCAAUUGAAUGAGAUUUUGAAGGAAGGCAAGUUACAGCUUGAUGAUAAUGGAUGUUUAAUACAUCAACAAGCUGAGUCCGUAGAAACCUACCUGAAUCCAGAGGCUCUAGAACCACCUAUGGCAGAAUAUUUCAAUGAUGGCUACUAUGGAUCUACCAAUAAAUGUCUACAUGUUGGUAUGGAUACCAUCCAAGUAGAUUUUGGCCAAUGUCUAAAUCUAAGUCACAUCGAGUCCAAGACGCUGAAUGUCACCAACCAUACCAAAGGCAAGAUGACAGUGACAUGGAUGACAGAUGACACCAAUGUUUUCUGUGUCACACCAGUCUCAUGUGACAUCCCACCCCUCAAGAUGACAUCAUUCAGGGUAGCCUUCAAGCCAGGAGCACCCAAUCAAUUUUUUGCUGCAGAGCUGGAGGGAUACGCAUUUUACAAGAGUAUGCGAGACUAUCGUUUGGUGCAGGAUGAGACUUUCUGCCCUCCAUGGUGUCUGACUGUUUCUGCUAUUGGUCAUACCUUCCAACCAAACAAUCAAACCUUCUUGCCUAAGCUUUCCCUUGACACAAAUAAAGUGGUUUUCCCAGCUGUGGAUUCAGGAGAUUCCAUUUACAAAACCAUUUUGAUAACAAAUGAUGGGUCUACACCAAUUCAGUAUGCAGUCCCAGAGGACCCUACAGGCACUUUCCAAGUCAAGCCAAGUAAAGGCCUCCUUACAGACAAGUACCAGCUACUGGUGAUCAAAAACACUCCUCAGCAGGAGAAUGUCAAGCUAAGACAUCAGCUCCAGUGCUGCUUCAAUGAUGACAGUAAGCACAACAGGACUAUUGAGUUACUUGGCUCAUCAGAACAGCCUAAUGUGCUGCUGGAUUCGGAGGGAGUGCUGUUCUUCAAACCAACUUGUAUUGGUACUGCAUCUCAGCAUAGCUACAAAAUCAGGAACAUAUCCCGUCUUCCAUUAAAGUUUACUUGGAAAUGCCGUCAGGAGGACAGGUCACUUGUCCAAGUUGAGCCAGAGACUGGGACCAUCCUGCCCAAUGAAAUUCAGGCCCAUGUGUGGACUUUUACACCAAGAGAAGAUAGGAAGUAUGUACUGAAGCCAUAUGCUCAUGUGGAAGAUAUCAGGCAUGAAGGAGACAUAAAACGACGGAAGCAGUUCAAUCUGCGAGUUGUCGGGGAAGGGUCAACAGGGGAAAUCAAGGCUGAGGACUCUAGCAUUGACCUGUCAGAUAUUGUGGUUGGCACAGCAGUCAGUCAGGAUCUGGUCAUCUUCAACAACAGCAAUUGUAGUCUUCAUUAUCAGCUUCUUGUGGAUCAGGAGUUACAUGGAAGUUAUGCAGAUCAAGCUAGUCAGCAGGAUGGAUUGGCACUGGAGCUAGAUGACUGCAAAGGCAUUUUACCAGCUCGUUCUCGCCGCAUAAUCCAUGCCACCUUCCGUCCUGUGCGGCGUUUAUCCUACACAUUCCACAUUUGCUAUCAGCUCAUGUCACCUACAGAUUGCCCUCUAUCACAAGAUAAGCAGAAACUCUGCACAGUCAGUGCAGUAGGGGUUUACCCUAACUUGAAGGUGACUGAUGCAAGAUGUUAUGGCAGUGCUAGUGGUAUCAGUAAAGCCAGACUGUGGAGCUUGUUUUCCUUGGACAGCCUAAACACUUGUUUAGAGUCGGACCCAUCCCCAGAAGAGUUGACAUAUACAACGGUGACAUGUCGCAGUACAACCCGCAAACCAACUGUCAAUACCAGAGCAAUUAUGGACUUUAACUUCAGCAGUGCUCCCCAAGACAGUCAGCCAUGCAUUGUUCAUCUCAUGCUGGAGAAUACAGGCACAGUCCCCACAGAAUGGUCAUUUUCAUUCCCAACUGAUCUACAACUUGAAUUAGAGUACUGGGCAGAGACUGGAGACUAUGAUGCUGAUGAAUUACAUGAGAUGAGGAUCAUGGACAACAAGUUGUUUUGUGUUGAGCCUCGCUGUGGCAAGCUUGGGCCAGGACAAUGUCAGACCAUCACGUUUGCUUACAAGCAUAGCUUCCCUGGCACUGAUAGACUGCCUGUGCUCUUCAAAUUGACAAGAGGCAGAGAGAUCUUGCUGAAUUUUGUUGGUGUGACUGUGGAUCUAGACAGCAAAUAUGUUCACUUUCCCAGCAACAAGCAUAUGUUUGCUCCGGUUCCUGUGGGAGUAGCUAGCCAUCCAAAGCAAGUGUAUGAGUUGUACAAUGGUGGCGCUGUUCCUGUCAUGUAUCAACUAGAUCUGACUGCUUUGGAUUAUGUUUUACAGGAAAACUUCAAUCACAAAAUCUUUGAAUGUCUGAAUCCGAAUGGUGAGAUAGCACCAGGCAGAACCGCUAAUAUUGAAUGGGUAUUCUCACCCCUAGAGGCUAAGACGUACAUGGUGGACGUACCCAUCCAUAUCAUUGGUGGUGAUACAGCUCUUAUCACAUUCACUGGAGUAGGGUAUGAUAAGAGAAUCAUGGGAGAAACUAUGCCACUGACAGAUGGGACAGAGAUUAGUAACGUACCAGCCACUCAGAGCAUUCCCAUGCCAGGCCAGCUAUUGUACCUGAGUCAGGAGCGAGUUGCAUUUAGCAAUGUGCCACUGUUUUGUCAGGCCCAUCGUAUGAUUGAGAUGGUCAAUCGAUCAGCUAGUCACAGCUUGUCCUUUGAAUGGUAUGUGACAUCUGAGGCAGACAGUAAGGUGAUAGACAUUCAGCCAGUCACUGGAGCAUUACAACCAUCACAAAACUGCACAUGUAAAGUCACAUUUACUGCCAUCGGAGAGCCAUCAUUCUACGACCUGGACAUUGUGUGUGAGGUAACAGAUGAGACUGAGAUGGCAAAGUUCCAUCAGAAGCUUGAGUCUUGGAAAAAAGAAAAAGAACGUCAGAAAUAUGAGUUCACCAUCACAGACAAGGACAUGAUCAAAGAGACUAAGAGUAGCAGCAAGCUGUGUCGUACCCUCAGCUCCAAGCGCAGUGAUAGUCCAGACUUUCAGCAUUACCAGACCUUACCACCAAUCAGGAAAGUCCAAUCUAGUAAAGAGCUUGAUGAGGCUGAGAGAUUACAAGGCCUGACAGCAUCAGGCACUCCAAUCUGGGAUAAACCAGCACCACCUGACAAGUUCCUCCUGCAUCUAGGAGCCACUGCACGAACCCAUACCAUUGCAGAGUUCCAGAGCAACUUUCCAAAUGAAGUGCAAAACUUCUUCAUUGACAGGACAAUGAGUGAGAGAUUUAAUCUCAGCAGUCAGGAGGUGGAAAGGAUGCCAGAAGUAACCACUUCACUCCAAGCUACUGAGGAGGAACGAGAACUAGUAUGUGGGGUCUCUGCCAACAUCAUAAGAGCUCUUCUUGAUGACCAUGACUUCCAUGAAGCACUGAAGGACAUCUCUGAUGAGCCAAUACCCUACUUCAUGCAGUUUGGUGACCGUCCCCAAACCCUGGGUCAUCAAUCUACUGAAGCACCCCUCACUGACCCCCAUAAACCAUUGACUCCACCUGAUGUAUUCCUACCGUCUGACUCACGCCCCUCAUCUGGCAAAUCAGAACCUUUAGCUGAAACAGUUGAUAUCAAAACUAUUGAAGCCACUGCCGUCACCCCCAAUGGAAUGGAUUUAAUUGCUGUCAGGUCCCAAACCCAGUCAUCUGGGGCCCUACACACAGAAGCAGAUUAUCAACAGAGUUUGAGGGAGGAACAGAAGAGAAUGGAACAGCAAACACUGAAAAGGCUGCCAGAGUUUGCAACUCUUUUAGAGAGUGUGCUUGAGAAUAGCCUGUUCAACAUCAUAACUGAGGCAAGUCAUGGAGAAAUCAAUUUGACAGCACGUCCUCGUCUGAUUGCUCUUCCACCAAGUAGCACGCCGCAGGUAGGGCCUGAUCAGCAUGCUGCUGUGCCUAGUGUCAGGAUUGGUUCUACUAAAAGAACCAGUAGUGCUAGCCAAUCAACACAGUGUGAAUCAGAGAAGAGUCUUGUUGGAGAUAGAGCCUGCAGCCUCAGUGCUGUGUCAAGAUAGACUUGUGCAAGCUCAGUCAUUCACAAGUUUCAUUUCAUCAGUUUGACAGAAAUGAGACAUCAAACUUCUCAUAAGUAGAGUGUCCUACAUUUUGAACUAGAAGAUUCAAUUGAAAUUUCUUUUUCUUGAAGAUUGUAUUGAAAACUGUUUAGCGAAGAAAACUUUGCAUUUGUCAUUAAUGACUGUACCUAUAUAGGCACUUGUGACCUUUUGCAGGUAAAUAUGUUGUGGUUUAUUUGUGAAGUGCUGUUGAAGAUCUGUGAUAUCUUUUGGCAGAGUGAUAUUUGAACUAUAUAAACUAGUCAUUUAAAUGUGUAAAUAUACAUAGUUAGUGCAGUAAGUCUGACUUGCAAGUAUGCAUUGUUGACAUGGACUACUAGAGAGAAAAUACUGUAUUCAUAAACUGUAGAGUAAAGAGUCAUGAUUUGGGGGGAGGGGCUCGACAUCCUGUGAAACUUAGGGGUCUAUCCAUUAUAGAUUGCAUACGUACAUGGCAAAUGACUUACAUGUACCUUUAGAUAUGGUUUUAGGCAUGUUUGAAAAUACAUGUACUUUGUGUAUGUUAUACAAGUCAUCUGUUAUCUUCAUUCAAUCAUUUACAUUCAGUUUAUUGCUGCUGAUGACCCACAGCACAGUGUUCUGCUUUUUGUAAACAUGUAAAUAAUGUUUGGUUUUCAUUGCAUUAGACCUGUUUUGAUGUGUUUAUUAAUGUUUAAGUCAAACAUCCCAACUUGUCAUAUAGAGGUGGAUCAGGAGGUUUCUUAUCUGAUUACUGCGUGUCUGUAUUGCCAUCACUUUUCAACCUCUUGUUCAAUAUUUUUGUCGUUUGACACCAUGGUUUAGAUAAAUCAGUUGUUUUUAUGCAAAUACAUUUAUAUUCGUGUUAUCAAGGAGGACAAGCAGCUGUAUUAGAUACCUCUCAAAGGGCGUCACUCUCUACAGACAUGUAGGGAGUGAAAUUUGUGUGACGCGCAUUGGCUGUGUCAUAUUUCAAAGAAAUUUCGAGCAACAUGCGCGGUGUUUAGAACAUUUUGCACACUGAACACGUAAUUUUCCUACAAAGAUGGCUGUCUAUGAGAAGGGUCUAUUAGAUGGUUCUGAUACAAGGCUUUUAAGUAUUAAAAAUCCUAUUGAAUAUCCUGUGAAAGUUCUGGUAUCCAUCAUUGAGCGGUGAAUCAACCAAUAGGGUCACUGAUUGAAAUCACUGUCAUUGCAAAACAUCAAACCCUGGCUUACAAUACAAAAAUGCAUAAUGCAUGUUGCAUAUCUGACUCAGAAAUGUUGAUAUAGUAUUCACUGCAGCAAUAUUUUUUAAUUUUGUGAUGUACAUAUUUACUUAAAAGAGUUUAAACUGGAAGACUUUUUCAAAGUUUGCUGGAGAGCAGUUUAAUGUAUCAACUCUCGGUCGGUUUGUAUCAAAAUAAUUAGAUCAUUGAAAGUGUUGUAAUGCACACCUAUCACAGAUAUUUUCAUUGGUAGGGGACCUAUCACUAACAAACAGAAACGUGAAUUGGCUGGAAUAUGUUGUGUAUUCAACUCUAGAUUUUCUUUAUAUUUGGUAGCAAAUCCACACAUCAUUCUGCACCUUUCAACUUUGAUUAAAACUACACUUGAAUUGUUUUCACUUCUGCUUCUUUUUCAGUUCUUAUUCCACAAAGAUUAAUAACAGUCCGUCCAAUUUGAAGACAUUUUCUUCCAACAUAUUUUUACAUUUUGUAUUUGGAUUGAAAUGAGUUUUUUAUGUGAAUAAAUAUAUAAAAAGUAGCCUUAUGUGUACCGCUGUGCAUUGAGAAUAAACGAUUCUUAACUUUGCUGACCUCAA